AUGGGGCAGUCCACGUCCAUCCUCUUGUAUGGCUGGCGGCCCCGAGUGGGCGCCGGCGAAGAGGACGUGCCGCCUGUGGGGGGCGAGGAGGACGUUCUGCCUGUGGCAGGCGAGGAGGAAGCGCCAUGCUGGUGGGAUGCCGGAGGGCCGGAGGAGGGGGCCGGAGCAGAGCCCGAGCCCGCAGACGGGCGGCCGAAGGCCCAGGGGAGCCAGCGAGAAAGCCAGGCAGAGAUGUGGCGACAGGAGGAUGCCCCUUUAGGGACGCACACACAUCCAGCACAGUGCGUGCCGUUGGUGCUGUGA